GAACGGAAUCGGACCACCUCAAAACCGCAUCUGGAACAUCUGCGCCCGUGCAGUUAGAACCUUCCUUACCGCUUACACUUAACCGGACCAGCUAAAAUUCGUCUGUUUGGGAAUCGUUAGAAAUGCUUAGUAAUUAACUAACGGAUAUGUGAAUCAACAUUUUAUGAUUCAUCUUGGCUUUGAACUUUAGAUUCCAGCUGCUGAUCGUACAGCACACAAAGCAGAAUCUUAUCUAACCGGGAUUAAGUUGAUUGAAAAGCGCUUCAGGAAAUGAGUGUCAAACGGAAAAACAUGGAGGACGAAAUGUCUCGGUUUGAAGCGGAGAUUUCCGGUGCAACUAUCGUUCCCGAUGUUGAUCGCUCUUCAGCUACACUGACCGGGACGAGUAACCCUUUCAUACCGUCUCAAGUACGAAUAAUCGGAUCUCAAACAUACAAUCAGAUUCAGCAAAAGUUGGCUCAAGUGCCACCACGAAUGCCUCCUCCUCCUCCGUUGCCUCAAUUUUUGACGCCUUACGGAUCGCCUCAGGCUCUAUUACCUUCCAAAUCCUACACGACUGAGCCGACGCCAGUCGUUGUGAGCAGUGCACCAAAACUAUACACCGCAAGACCCACGGUAGGCAUCGCCAACAAGUCUGAGGUCCCGGCUGGACCUUCGAUUGGUGGCCUAGCGUCAGCAGUACAAUCGUAUGAUAUUGCGAACAUUCAGUACGAAAUGACUGCUAAAAUAAAGAAACCCAAAACUGAGAAAUCCGGACCAAACCCGAUUGCUGAGGAGGCCAUCAAAGCGGCCCGUGCAUCUUCGGCGCUGCAAUCCUUCGGCAACAACGAACGACGCAGUAAAAAGGACAAAAAGCAAACGGUUCGUGUCGCUGGUGGGCAAACAUGGGAAGAUAUGUCACUGUCUGACUGGCCAGAGGACGAUUUUCGCAUCUUUUGCGGAGAUCUUGGCAACGACGUUAAUGAUGAGUUGUUGACCCGAACCUUCAACAAGUUUUCGUCAUUCCAGCGCGCAAAAGUAAUUCGCGAUAAACGGACAAGUAAGAGUAAAGGAUAUGGCUUCGUAAGUUUCAAGGACCCGCAAGAUUUCAUUCGUGCGAUGAAGGAGAUGGAUGGUCGCUAUGUUGGUAGCAGGCCAAUCAAGUUACGCAAAAGUACAUGGAAAAAUCGCAGCAUCGAGGCAGUAAGGAAAAAGGAAAAGGAAAAGCAAGCAUUGCUUAGUCUCUUCAAUCAAACACGACUUGAUCCCGGAAGCCGAAAGAUAAUAACUAACGAUGAGGUUGUACUCGUUUCAGUGUAUCCAUUUCCAUGCGUGAUGCAAUUUCUUAUGAGCUGCUCUUUCGUUUUUCUAUGUCACAUUUUUCUUGGGCUGCUUGUUUCCACCCCAAAAUUAUUUCCAUUUAUGCACUCCAAAAACGCAGUUUUCACUGAGUUCUGAUU